GGUCGUACUUCUGUGACGUUCGCUGGAGCUAACCUGCUCUCGAUUCUCUCACAAAUGUUGCCCAACGGACCACCCAGAGGCAACUAUAAACGGGUAUCCAAUCAAGCAGAGUCACUUCUGCUUGUUUGCCCGGCAUAUCAAGCUGCAGCGGUCUGUGCAUCACCAAAGUUGCACAGCCCGGGCCCGAAAGAGAGCACUGGGCCAUACCGUACAGAAAUCCAGCUUCGACUUUGUUUAGCCUACCCGGAAUUUCUGACAUUAUGCGUCACUCGAAGAUACCGUUUGCUCAUUGCAGUACUCGAUGAAGUCUGGGAAACACUGGCCUCAAAGGAACAAAUAACGGAGUACGGGAAUCAAUGUCAGAGUGACAAAAAACACUAG